UUACGUUUACAUCCGCAAGUGAAUCCGCCGAAGAAGAACGGUCCGUUAUAAUUCGGCCCAAGCGUCCAGCGGUUUCCGUAUGUGGUAUUUACACAGAAUGAGGAACUCGAAGAGAUGUCAUCAUCUUCAUUCUGGUUUAAUGAUCACAUAAUGGACAGCAAUGAUGUCCGAGCAUUAGUCUAAAUGCUGCAGAGGGAUAGCUACAGAACCAAGCAAUUCAGCAAGGAAUCUCCCAAGGAAUUUAACAUAUUUGCCGUGAAGCAGUCACUUUUACUUCUUUAAUUAAAGGGACAUUUCAGAAAAGACUGAUAUUGAUCAAUGAAUGAAAUUCAAAGAGUGUGAUUCCAAAAAAAACAGUCUUGUUUGAAAUUGUGUGGACAUGUUAAUUUAUAAAGUUGGUUUUUGCACGGAUUUCACAUGACCCAACUGACUGGAUAACCUUGGCACAAUCUCUCUUCCUACCUGCGUGUGAUUUCAUGUGGGUAAUGCUUGGUGUGAGAGGUCUCUCUGCUUUGGACCUUCACUGAGCGAUGCAGGGUGGCGCGUGCUGAUUGGGCGCCAGGGCUGGGGUGGGCUCGGUCGCCUGGUCGCGAUGGCCAGACGGGGGUGGCCGCUCCAGGGCCGGCUGCGCUGGCUCUUCCUGGGGACCUUCCUGCUGCUGGUCUUCCUGCUUUUCGCCUACCUGCUGGAGUGCACCCCUCCGGCUGACUCGGGCCUGGCCCUCACGGGGCUGGGGAGCGAGCCGUACGGCAAGGACUACUACCAGGCCGUCCUGCAGGAGCAGGAGGAGCGACACCUGAACCGAGCCGCCAGCCUGAAGCGGCAGAUCGCCCAGCUCAAGCAGGAGCUCCAGGACAUGAGCGAGAAGCUGAAGGCCCUGCAGGAGAAGCGGGACCUGGAGGCCCGCCCGGACGGCCGGGACCCCGACCCCGGCGACCUGCUGGAGUACCUGCACGCGCAGAUCGACAAGGCCGAGGUGAACGCCGGGGCGCGGCUGCCCAGCGAGUACGCCCUGGUGCCCUUCGAGAGCUUCACCAGCACCAAGGUGUACCAGCUGGAGAUGGGCCUGACCCGGCACCCGGAGGAGAAGCCCGUGCGGAAGGACCGCCGGGACGAGCUGACCGAGGCCGUCGAGGCCGGGCUGGACGUCAUCAACAACCCCGCCGAGGGCGAGGGCCAGGACGAGGACGGCAUGACCGUGCAGAAGCCCGUCUACACAGAGGGAGACUUCAUCGAAGGACUUUACAGGACAGAGCGGGACAAAGGCACUCUGUACGAGCUGUUUUUCGGGAAGGAGGGCUCCACGGACUUCCAGCGCGUCACCCUCUUCCGGCCCUUCGGCCCGCUGAUGAAAGUGGCCAGCACCUCGGUGGACACGGCCGCCACCAUCAUUAACAUCAUCGUGCCCCUCUCCGGAAGAACGGAGACCUUCCAGCAGUUUCUCGUCAACUUUAGGGAUGUGUGCAUAGACCAGGACAGACUGGUGCAUCUCACUGUGGUCUACUUUGGCAAGGAAGGCUUGGCGGAGGUUAAGUCUUCACUGGAGAAAAUGUUCAUUAAGGAGAGUUUCUCCAACUACACCCUGAUCCCGGUGAAUGAGGAGUUUUCCCGGGGGAGGGGCCUGGAUAUCGGGGCGCAUGCCUGGAAGAAGGGGGACGUGCUCAUGUUCUUCUGCGACGUUGACAUCUACUUCACACCCGAGUUUCUCAACACCUGCCGCCUGAACACGGCUCCCAAUAAGAGGGUGUUUUACCCUGUAGUGUUUAGUCUGUAUAAUCCGGCCAUCGUUUAUGGAAACUUGGAACUCGCUCCUCCCAUUGAGCAACAACUGAUUCACAAAAAAGAUGCUGGUUUCUGGAGAGAUUUUGGCUUUGGAAUGACAUGCCAAUAUCGCUCUGACUUUCUCAACAUUGGAGGCUUUGACCUGGAAGUGAAAGGCUGGGGUGUGGAGGACGUUCACCUGUACAGGAAGUACCUUCGGAGCGACCUGAUCGUGAUCCGCACGCCCGUGUCGGGCCUGUUCCACCUGUGGCACGAGAAGCAGUGCGCGGACGAGCUGACGCCGGAGCAGUACCGCAUGUGCAUCCAGUCCAAGGCCAUGAACGAGGCCUCGCAUUCGCACCUGGGCAUGCUCGUGUUCCGCCACGAGAUCGAGAGCCACCUCCGCAAGCAGGCCUACAAGACCAAGAGCAAGGCUGAGGACUGAGGACUGAAGACUGAAGCCUGGAAAUGUACAGAUUAAACCCCCGAGGACUCUAACCCUUCAUAGAGCAGCAUAUAAAGCAUGGAUUCAGUCAUACUCUGUAGACCUGGGCAGUUUUUAAAUGCGACCUGCUCAAACAUUGGGAAACAUGGAGUUCCAAAGGCGAGGACUUUCUUUGGGUCUAUAUGUGGUGCGAAGCUUGGAGCUUUGCGCUCGCAGUUAAACGCACGUGAACAUUGAUGGCGCAAAUAACAAUUGGUGGCUUAAACCUGCAAGCUGGUGUCGACUGCAGCAGCCAGGAGUUUCAAUGACGUGUGCAGGACUUCCUAGUGAAGAACAGUUGUUCCUUUGUACCGGUGUAUACUAUUGGAUUUGCACUAUAUUUCGUAAGACUGUGCUGUGUUUCUAUCUGUUACCAUGGACUAAGCCACGCCCACCUUCCUAAUUAUCUGUGCGCGCUCUGGCAUUCCGCGUAGUUUUGAGCACCAUAAAUGCUGCCACCUACAUGUUAUAAUGAGAUCCCAGUGACUUGUGAAGAUCAAAGUUCCUCCCUUAGCAAUCAUUGGUGCCUCUUGAGCUGAGACUAGAUUGAGCCGUCAGUAUUUUCUUUCUUUUUUUAAAUAUAAAAAAUGUAUGUUAAAAAAGUGUACACACUUUAUCAAUAACAGAACAAGGACUAGCGAAUGUCUUUUAAAAUCUGUCUAAAAGGUUUUGUCCAGAAAAGACCAAUCGCCAACAAAUUGUUCUUUUGAGAUAUGAAUUUACUUGACUAAUACUGGCUAAUAUUUAGUUGUUCUAUGUUCAGUGGAAUUGUUUCUUGAAUGUAGAUUCCUAAAAGAGAGCUUUGUAUUCGAGUCCAUUCAGGGUUCUGCACGGUAUCAUUCAUUGUGACAGUCUCAAUGCUGUAUGUUUUUUUUUUUUUUUUUUUAACGGACUAAGUAUUAUGUAAAUGGUGUUCCCACAGCACAGGUUACAGUGAUGUGGGUAGUUUGUCGCAGUGCUGUUUUACCGUGUCGGUCGCUUCGAAAAAAUGCUCAAGAAGAAACAUUUCAAAUGGGCGUCUGUGCCGGAAGCCAAACCGACGUGACAGCUCUCUUCUGUGAACUGCCUCAUUAGAGAAAGCCUCCUUCUGCCUUUUGAACCUUUUUGAGGGUGUUUGUCUCAGUUCUUUAUUGCUCGUGAAGGGUAUUUCUGUCCCCAAGUGCUGCGUUUUGUUUCCUGUGCCAAUUUCAUGUAUUCUUUUUUGGAUUAGAUUAGCUUCAGACCAUAAACUCCAAGAAGGUAAGCUGGACUUGCUGUUACAGAAAAACCUUUUGCUGCCAUUAAAGUACAGAGGGGGUUUCCAUU